AAAUAUAAUUUGCCCCGUAAUUUGUUAUAUUUGCCCCUUAAUUUGUUAUACUGAUCUCCAAAUAUAUUACGCAUCUUCCGAUAUCUUCCACGGAUCUUUUAAUAUAUUACCACUCCAACGGCUCUUUUGACAUCCUCGAGAGGCCAUUAGGUCCUUCCGCAUCCGUCAGCCGUCACCCUCUGCAUGUGCAAAGCUCAAUCGACCAUCCGCCUGCGAAGCAAUCGCAGAAAUGAAAUGGCCGACACCUAUGGGUCUGCCAAGAAGAAUGCUUCGAGACCAUCAGGUCAGCAGUCUCACCUUCCGCGGGUGUGAAACCCUAGCCCUUCAAAAACAAUUGUUCCUAAAUUUUCAGGCAGUAGAUAAGGUUUUGGAAUGACCUAUUUGUCGAGUGAUGGCACUGAAGUAGUACGUAAAGCAAGGGUUUGAAAUUAUUCAACCAAAUUGUUUUGACCUUAAAAGCUCUUGUGGAAGUUCACAAUCAUGGAAGCCAAGGCACAUUCAUUGCAAGAAUUCCAGUUUGACGUUUUUUUUGGCAAGACUCACUAGAAUGUUUGCAAAACUGACAAUGAUCUGGACCAUUUCUCUGCUUUAAAGUUGUAAGAUUUGGACUUUUAGUAACCCGAGAUUUGCCCAUCGUGAGAAGGCAAUCAAGAGCACACUCUUGGAUGAAGAAAUGCAGGAUGCUUGAGAGAUGUUACAUGACAAAUGCAGGAUAAACUAAUUCAAAAGAAGCCCAAUCGAAAAGGUCUAAAUGUGAAUAGUCUACUGGCUGGAUGAUUCGGAUUUGCCUAAUCUGAGUAUAGUUUCGUGAGAUAACCGAAGUCUCCAACACCAAAUGUUUUGCCAAGUCUUACCUAGCAGCAUCAUUCUUGGUAAGCACAUAUUGGUGCCAGUGAUAGCUUGAACCUGCUGAUGGUACCCCUUGAUGGAACACAUUCUUGAUAGAAAUCUGAGGUUCAAGUUCCUAGAGCAGUAGAGAAGAUUUCGGCAGGACGUAUAUGGGAAGUGCACUAGAAGAAGUACGUUCCAAGCAUAGUUUAGAAAUUAUGCAACUAAAUUGUUCGGAUGAACAAAUGAAGGCCAAUACGAGAGAUCAAAAUAAGAAGUGUUGUACUGGAUGGAAUGCCAAAGAAGCCUGAAUCUUUUAAAUGAAAAGGAAAAGGAAAUGUUAAGUCUUGAGUUCGAAAUUGCAAUCAGGACAGGGAAGGCGUGUACCGAAGAAAUUGUUUUUGACGAAAAAAUGGAUACAAAAACCUAAAAAAAAAACGAAACGAAUAAAAAAAAGAAAAUUAAAAAGCCAAAAAAAAACAACAAUCAUGGCACUGAAGUAGUAUGUUAAGCACGUCUUUGAAAUUAUUCAACUAAAUUGUUUUGUAAGUUUUCUCCCACCAGAAAUAAUUUAUAGUUUUUUGUUGUUUCUAUUUAUUUUAUCUUUCAUUUCACCACCAAUAGCCACAGAUUCAGUUUUUUGUUGCUCAAUUACAUAUGCUUUGUGUGGAAUGCAGUUCUAUUUUUUUUUUACUUUCCUUUGAACAUUUUUAUCUGCAUUUUUUGUUGCAUGAUUACAAAUGCUUGUCUAGAUUACACUGCGAAUUAGAUCAUCAAUAGUUCAGGCCCUGUUUAAUGACACAUACCUUGCUGUCUUCCCGGAGCAGAUAUUAAAACAUAGACACUCUAAAAGCAUGGAACCUGAAUCAGUGCUUUUGUUUAUGAUCUUACUUGCCACUUAAGUUAUAUUUAUCAUCUUGUGUAGAUUCGUGGAUGCUCAGGUUGCUGUAAUUUCAGGCAUACUUGUGUGCUUCUAUUACCUUUUGUUUCUUGAUCUGCAGGACCUUAAAAGUUCUUGCGGAAGUUCACAAACAUGGAAGCUAAGGCACAUUCUUUGCAAGUUUGACUUUUUUUGGCAGGACUCACUAGAAGGGUUGCAAAACUAACAAUGAUCUGGACUAUUUCUCUGCUUUAAAGUUGUUAAGCUUUGGACUUUUAGUAACCCGAGAUUUGCCCAUCCUGAGAAGGCAAUCAAGAGCACACUCUUGGAUGAGGAAAAGCUGGAUGCUUGAGAGAUGUUACAUGAUAAAUGCAGGUCGCAGACGCGUACGACGAAGCUCUGAGCAUUGUGAAACUGGAUUUGGGAGUGGGCAUUAUAAAGCUAAGGUCGCAGACGCGUACGAUGAAGCUCUGAGCAUUGUGAAACUGGAUUUAAGAGUGGGCAUUAUAAAGCUAAUGUUACACACCGAAGCGCAGCAUCAAGAUUCGAGCACAUUGAAGUUGGAGGUCGCAGACGCGUACUGUGAAGCUCCGAGCAUUGUGAAACUGGAUUUAGGAGUGGGCAUUAUAAAGCUAAGAUGCAUAUGGCGGAGGUUGGAGCUCUAUGAAGUAAGAGUGGGUGUCAUCGGGCUUAGGUCAUACACAGAAGCACAACAUCAAGAUUCGAGCACAUUGAAGUUGGAGGUAGGCGUGGGUGAUUCAGACUGACUCCGAGCAUUGUGAAACUGGAUUUAGGAGUGCGCAUUAUAAAGCUAAGGUCGCAGACGCGUACGGUGAAGCUCCGAGCAUUGUGAAACUGGAUUUAGGAGUGGGCAUUAUAAAGCUACGGCGAGUGUUGAACUUUUCAUGUUUUAUUUUCACAGCAUAAGUUUGAUUAUUUGCAGUGUGUUUUAAACUCAUCUCGGAUUGGCUUAGUUUGGAUUUUAUUUUUAAACACCGAUCAUAUUUUGUUUCUUGCAAAUAAUGAGUUUAUUUUCCAGUUAAGCUCUAUUAUGUCUAUGUUUUUGAAAUUUUACAUUUAAAAGCAAUGAAGAAAGAAUAUUAAUAUAAAACUAAUUUCUUAACUCGUUGUUUUGGGUGGGCAGUUGUAUAGUUUUUGCAAAGGGCAUCAAACCUUAAGAUAAAUGGUAUUUGGUUGAAUUAAUUGGGUUAAGAGCCUAGAGAUUUCUUCUUAAUUACUGAAACAACUAUUUACUAGUCUCUGAAAUUCACUCAUAUUUAUUUGACCAAGGUUUGGUUUUUAUUUUUUCAAACACGGAUCAUACUUCGUUUCUUGGGUUUGGUUACAAAUCAUGAGUUUAUUCUAGUUGGGCUUGAAGUCUUCCUUUUUUUAAAUUUUACAUUUAAAAGCAAGAGUGAAAGAAUAAUGGUAGUUAUGCUUGGUCUCUACCAACUUUUUCCAAAGCCCAUCAAAUCUUAAGAUAAAUGGUAGUUAAUUGAAUUCUUUAAGUUAGUAUAAAGAUCCCGAGAACCUCCUUCCAAAAAACCUUACAACUCUUU